CGGAUGUGUUCCGAUCUCGCGUCUCGAGUCCUCUCGAGUGAUUAGUGCUCACGAUACGCUAUCGAGUGUGGUGCUGUGCUGUGGAUUUAGAUAUAGUGUUACGUGCACGUGUGUAAGUUUACGUUGAUAAACGAAAUCCAGUUCAUACAAGUGCGACCGAUAACCCGACUUUGGAUUAUUAAAACUAAUAUAAUGUGAUACGUGUGCAGAGGAGAGGAGUCUACGUUAACUUCUAAAAUUUUGGUGGAAGAUGCGGUGGCGAGGCGUGCGUGAGGUCAGCACGUGAGAGCCGCCCAGCAUGGCGCCGCACGAGGCGCUGUUUCUGCUGCUUUGCCUCGUGCGCUGCGACACCAAGACCGUGCUGCAGGACAAGCUGGCCGGCGUGCGCACGGUGGACGUGCAGGCUGUGGAGGGCAUGGUGGCGCAGUUCCCGUGCGAGCUGGGCACGGCCGCCAACGACAAGGUGUACAUGGUAUUCUGGUUCCGCGACGACGCCGGCAUCCCCUUGUACAGCUUCGACGUGCGCGGCAAGCACCUGUCGGAGGCGCGGCACUGGUCGGCGCCCGAGGUGUUCGGGCCGCGCGCGCACUUCUCCACCUCGCCACCGCCCGCAUCGCUGCUGGUGCGGGACGUCAAGCGGCGCGACGAGGGCGUGUACCGCUGCCGCGUGGACUUCCGCAACACGCAGACCACCAGCUUCCGCUACAACCUCACCGUCGUCGUUCCACCGGAGAAGCCCGUGGUGGUAGACCGGUGGGGGCGGGUCAUCAACGCCACCACGCUCGGCCCUCACGAAGAAGGCGAUGACGUACUCCUCACCUGCCGAGUCCUUGGAGGUCGCCCCGAGCCCUCGGUGCGCUGGCUGGUGAACGGCGUGCUGGUGGAUGAGGAGUACGAGCACAACACGGGUGACGUCAUCGAGAACCGCCUGCUGUGGCCGGCCAUCCGCCGCGCCGACUACGCCGCCGUGUUCACGUGCCAGGCCGCCAACUCACACUUGGUCCCACCGAAGGAGGUUUCGCUGGUGCUGGACAUGUUUCUGCGGCCACUGACGGUGGAGAUCAAGAAGCCGACGGAGACGGGCGAGGGCGGCGUGCUGACGGCGGAGCGGCGCUACGAGGUGGCGUGCGAGUCGGCCGGCAGCCGCCCGCCCGCCGCCGUCACGUGGCAUAAGGGCAAGCGGCAGCUCAAGAGGAUAACGGAGGAGCUACGCGACAACCUUACGGUGAGCGUGAUGAGCUUCGUGCCAACGUUAGACGACGACGGCAAGCCCAUCACUUGCCGCGCGGAAAAUCCCAACGUCACCUCGCUGUAUCUCGAGACCUCGUGGACCAUCAGUGUCGUGUAUCCCCCAGUAGUGAAGCUAAGGCUAGGCAGCUCGCUGGCGGCGGGCGACAUCAAAGAGGGAGACGACGUGUACUUCGAGUGCCACGUCAGAGCCAACCCGCCCGCCAGGAAGCUGUCCUGGCUACAUGACGACCGGCAGCUGGCGCACAACGCCACGGCGCGCGUGUUCCACAGCAACCAGAGCCUGGUGCUGCAGAAGGUGACGCGCCACAGCAGCGGCCGCUACGCCUGCUCCGCGCUCAACGCCGAGGGGGAGACCGUCUCCAACGAGCUGCACUUCAGGGUCAAAUACGCGCCGUCGUGCCGCAGCGGCGGCGUGUCGGUGGUGGGCGCGGCGCGCGGCGAGUCCGUGGUCAUCGUGUGCGAGGUGGACGCCGACCCGCCCGCCGCCGUGUUCAAGUGGAAGUUCAACAACUCCGGCGAGACGCUGGACGUGGCCGCCGACCGCUACACGUCCAACGGCAGCGCCUCCAGCCUGAAAUACACGCCCGUAGCGGACCUGGAUUACGGCACGCUGUCGUGCGCCGCGUCCAACGAGGUCGGCACGCAGCUGGCGCCGUGCGUCUUCCAGAUGGUGGCGGCCGGCAAGCCGCACGCGCCGCGGAACUGCACGCUGUGGAACCAGACGGCGGACUCGGCGGAGGUGUCAUGCGUGGCGGGCUUCGACGGAGGCCUACCGCAACACUUCCUGCUCGAGGUCUACUCCGGCGGAGAAGACAAACCGAGGGUGAACCUGACGGCGGAGGAGCCCACGUGGACCGUGCGCGGCCUGGAGUGGGAAGUGCGCUUCCGGCUCGUGGCCGUGGCCGUCAACAGCAAGGGCCGCUCUGCCCCGGCGCGGCUCGACGACUUGCUGUUCCCGGACCCCGAGAAGAGGACAGCGUCGGAGGGCGCGCUGGGCGCGGGCGCGGCGGGCGUGGCGGGCGCGGCGGCGGCGGCCGCGGCGGCGCUGGCACUGGCGCUGGCGGCGUGGCGGGCCGCGCGACGGCGCCGCAAACCGCGGAAGCCGCCAGCGCCGCCACCCGAAAAGGCCGCCGAGCACGACGACGCCGAGCCCGACCUCAUACCCAACAACUACUGUGAAACGUCCAGCGCGCCGUGCUUGGCGGCCUCGUCGCCCGGACGGACGGCACCGGCGCCGCUCACCACACCGGCGAGCGGCGCGGCCGGCGCGUCGUGGCCGUGGGGCGCGCGCGGCGGCGCGGCGGGCGCGGCGCUGGGCCGCAGCACGUCGGCGUCGCUGCGGCCGGCGCCCGACCUCAGCGUGGACGCCAUCACGGAGAAGCUGCUGGACAACCGCAUCCCGGAGUCCUGCGUGUGAGCCGCGCCUCGCACCGGAGAGCCGGCGAGAUUUAUAAGUGCAUCUAUCUGGGUCAGUGUUCUACCGAUUUAGUACUGUGGGCGCUAUUUUGAAAAUUAUUAAAAAUUUUUUUCAUUGUUUACACCCAUAUAGCAGAGAGAAGCUCCUUCAUAAGAAAAACCUUACAAUUUUGUUUUACGUUUAGAGUGCGAAGUGUGAGAUUUUAUACCUACCUAAGAUUGCCAGUACGGUUUUCCAGUACUGUCACUAAAUGGCUAUUCUUUUAUACAAUAUGAAUAGAAGUUAACUUUCACGUGAUUGAAUAAGUAAAUGUAGGUAGAAAAUCUCACUGUUCCGAACAGUUUUUAUAAAAAUUUGAAGUGCAAUAAAAAUCAACAUGUACCUACACACCCAUCAAUCCAAAAUUCAACGAAAUAUAGUUUUAUCGUUAAAGUUGAAACUAAAUUCAAAAUUAUAACGAAAUCAGUGUUUACAGUAUUUUCAACCACAGUCAGUUGUAAUUCUUAACAAAAGGUAUGUAAGCCAGAGAUUUGCCACUUCAAGUCUGGCAGACUCCUUGCUCUCUGACUCGUAAGUCAGUCCCGAAGUUGUCGUAGUUUUAUUUCCGUCGGCCGGUGUGAAAGCCGCGAGGCUCUCGCGCCUCUAAUUAACCGUCUGCCUCCUUCGCGACCCUCGACCGACUCGACUACCAUUGUGCUUGACGGGGUCGCUCGAAGGUGAAGUACGUGGCAGUCUCCGCGACUUGCUCGACUUUUGUGAGGCCAUUCCAGCGAAUACAAACACGUGGAGUGUGGACACAAUACGGACGGACUUUGAUAGGCUCCAUUUAGCUUGUUCGCCGAUCACACGUUGUCACGCCGAACAGGCCGUUCCUUCUUUGUCCUAUGUAAAUGUUGUAGCUAACGCCAUCUUGCGGUCAUUCAUUGUGUGACUCGGAUAAGAAGAAUAUUCGGUUUAAGUGAUAGGUACGUUUUUUUUUAUUUUUUCAAUGUCCUCUUAGGUCAAACUAUAAUACUAUAAUUACUGACAGUUAAUAUAUAAUUCAUGUUUCGAGCCUCGAGUGUAUCUAUCUAUGUUAAUAAAGUUAAGAUAAGAUGAAAACGUUUCCAAUAGCAGUGAGGAUGGAAAACCGUGAAAUGUAGCAUAUACAUCCGUUUGCAGUACCUUCGAUGCUCAUGAUAUGAGUGACAUGUGAAACCUUGCAAUGUUUAUUUUUCAUAAAAGGUGAAACAUGUAAAUUAUUAUUGUUAUUUUCCACUAACGCCAAUGAGGCGUAUGCAUCACUCGGGGAACGAAGGCGUGAACUUUUUCUGUAUAAUUUCUGUCUAAACCUAUAGAAUAUUGUUACGAGCUCUUGCUUGAACCGAUUAUUCUGUACCUAAUUAAUGUUAAUUCGAAGACUAAGAUAAAUUAAAUAAAAUGAUCUAUCUGUUAUUUCGUUUAGAUAAAUCCUGUGAUGUAUAUAGUAGGUUGUAAGCGACUGAGUCUUUGCCACUUUUUUACAUGUCUAACUGAUUUGUCCAAUAACAAUAGAUAGACGGUCAUUAAUAUUUUGCCUGUGUAAAUAAACUUCGUUUCUUCUCCCGUGAUAUGCUGACCGCACACCCGUCCCCACACCCGUCCGCACACGCCGCGGAGGCACAGGCCUACUUCGAAUGAUGAGUUCAAAAUAUGCGAACGAGACUCCGCAAAGCUGUGAAAUUCUGUCAACCUGCUUGGCCCACCGUUUAACAUUUUGGCCACUUUCAUCCAUAGUUGCAUUAUAUCGAAUCAGUUCUAAGCUACUCAAAACAAAAGUGCCAAUGUCGUGUGGGUGGUGCGUGAUGUGCCCUGAUUCUCUAUAACGUUUGAAGACGUAAUCUGUGACAUAAAAUUCUAGUUUGUGAAGUGACUGAACUGAAGAGAUGUUUCAUACCUACACUUUGAAGAGUGCGGUAGCAAUGUUAUGGAGAUCUGGAUGGGCGUGCGACCAGCUCUAAUGUGUAAGGUCGGCUCGAGAGUGCUCGCUCGACUGCUGGCGCGUAGGAAGCGGAGUGGUGAAACACGGUAAUAUCUAUUUCUAAAUUUCUGCGUUAUUCUUUCUGUUUGUUUUUGUAUGUACUUUGAUCGCCCAAUUUGAGGGGCUUAUUUGAUUCGGUGGACUUCUGUUAAGUAACUUCUUCAAUAAUACAAAUAAUUGAGACUAGAUUGCAUAAAUCGUUUAAGUUUUGGGCUGUAUAUAUGUGUAUUAUGUUGUAUUCCAUAACAUGCAAACGAUUAUCAAAAAUAAAUGCUACUUACAAUGAACUGUUACAAACUAAAAUAUACGUACUGUGAAGUCGUGGGGGAAUGGGAAAAGAACGGAUCGGUCCUUUGCCUGACUUUUAAAUACUUAUGCAGGCGAACUUUGUAGUGCCUUUUGAAAUUGGUUUUUGUUAAAAGUAUUUUAUUUCACACGACGCGACGCCCGCAGCAAGUCGCCAAGUGUUGUAACUACUCAUACUCAAACACUCGAAGUUUCAUCUUACAAGAUUUCUUUCCCCUUCGAUGCAGUGAUUUCUAACAUUUCUUUUUCCGAGAACCUCCUGCGUAGUUCAUUCCGCGCUAAGUAUAAAACUUUAUUUAUCUCGCGAAUUUUCAUUUCAACAGACCUUAUGUUUUUCCAGCACUUCUAGUCUAACACUAUUCAAGAACUUCUGUGACUUCAAUAACAGUGAUGUCGGCCAACCUACACUGACUUAUGAUCGAGAGUUCUGAUAUGCUUUGAACGAAUCUAAAACAGAUAGGAUUACAUACUGAUGUUUUCUUCGGGUUCUUAUGAAAACUAUUACUAUUAUGUACCAAAAUCUGAACCGACAGGCUGUUUAUUAUAUAGAGAAGCUGUUCAUUACAUAAUGAUGCUUCUUUUCCAUCAAAGGAUGUAUUUUUUUGAGUUAUUCAAAGAGUUUGUAAUAGUUUUGUUUAGGUUUGAGAUUGUGUUUCACUACUUCACUUCACUACCUGUAUAGGAUACUGGCGAACCUGUGUGAUCGUGUACAGAGUUUGUGGCGGCGGUGAACCUACACUAUAAGAUGUAUUUCUACAUAUCUGGACAUCAUAAUGUUCAAUAUUUACUUCUACAUAUCUGGACAUCAUAUGAUUUACAAAAUAGUACUUCUAUUAGUAUAAGUAAGAACUAGUACUGUAAGCAUUCACUGACUUUCUAUUAUAUUGCAAACCUCGCUAUUGGUAUGGUUGCCACUCGUGGCUAAGCUGAUUCUUUAAAAAUCAGGUCACGUCCUAAGGAAAUUACAAAAAUACGAACUUAGCGAAUAUUUUCUGAGCUAAAUAAAUCAUUUCCUGUACCAAUAUUUUAAUAUUCCAUUUUUUAAACGAAGAAACGAUAUAUCUUUUAAUUAUAACUUUGUGCCUAGGUACGUAUUUACUUAAAUUUAGGCAUUUAAGUAAAUAAGUAUUUUACAAAAUAAGAUACGAUAUCAUUCCUCUUAUCAAAUUGAUUACAAAAUGUUGUAACCUUAUUACGUUUGCUCCGGUACUCGUGAGGCAAACAAAUCUGGAUGACCUUUCCUAGAUCCACCCCAAAGAGACAUUUUCGCUAAGGUUUAUUAUUGUAAUGCAUAGGUCAGCUAUUCAUACUGAGAAAUGAAAUGGUUUUUUUCCCUUUUUACUUCCCUACAUAAUCAUGAUUGUUGUGAUAUUUAUUGAAAUUAUUGUUAUAAGAUUAUUAUUAUUUGUCAUUGAUACGAGUGUGUUUUAUAAGUUGUAUUUCGCGUGGCCCGGAGGGACUUGAACAACUGAUAUGUCUCCUGGGGUAAGUCUUUCAAUAUAAAUGUUUAGCCACAUAACAAUCGAAUACUCUGAGCAACAUAUACCGGGUGUGAAAAGAAUAAAAAGUUUGGAUAGGUCACGUUUAUGGCAGUGAUCGAUUCUAUGUAAAUACUCCUAGAAGAAAGUUUUGAUUUUCUGUACAUAAUGUAACAAGUUGUCUGCUACAAAGAUUUAAAUCGUACAUAUGCUCUUGCCUUACUGGUUUAAAACGUACUUGCUGUGAAGUGCGUGAACUCACUUAGGUAUAUAUGAAUACUGCACGUCAAGUUGCCUAUUAUUGCACACGUAGUUCUUUAAAAUGAAGUCUAAUCCGAUCCUCAGACGAUUUACAGUAAAUCCUAGAGCAGUGCUGUCGCCAGCGCAUAUCUACGAUUGAAUUCUUGGGUCCGCACCACAGCACAGCACAUCGCCGUCGAGCUUUGUCCCUCAUCGACCGACUGACCUUUGUGAACAGUAGGAUAAUGUCUGAUAGGUAACUAAGUAGCUGUAAGCGAUUUGUUAAUAUAAAGUUUAAACAAACAACUCGAAGAGUUCGCGCUAAGUACUGUUGACUUAUUUAUUUUGGACGAGAUUAAAGGUUGUCUUGGAAGUACA